AUGCGCGCAACGCUGUCACACAUUUCCCGCAACAGCGCGGUCCUCGCCCUACGCACAACCUUACUCGCCUCAACACCGCUCACCUUCCGCACUCUCAGUCCCACAACCUCACGCACACUCUCAACAUCGACACCUCGUCACGACCUACCAAACGUCACAGCCCGCGAAACUCUUCUCCCCCAAACUCACUACGACCUCUUUCCCUCCUUUGGUCCUGACGCUCUUCCACCGAAAGGACCAUUCACCAUCGACCUCGCCCUCUUGCGCAAAGAAUUCCUCCAACUGCAAGCAAAAGCCCACCCCGAUCUCGCACCGCAAGAAAAGAAACGACAAGCCGAGGCUCUGAGUUCAAGGAUCAAUGAGGCGUACAAGACUCUGCAGAACCCUUUGUUACGGGCACAAUACCUGCUAGAGAUGAGGGGCAUUGAUGUUGCGGGUGACGAGACGGCGAAGGUGGAGGAUCCUGAGUUACUGAUGGAGGUGCUGGAGACUAGGGAGGUCAUUGAGGAGGCUGCUACGGAGGAGGAGUUGCAGCCCUUGAGGGAAUUGAACGAGAGGAGGGUAGCUGGUAGUGUGGGUGUGCUUGAAGAGGCAUUCAAGAAUGAUGACAUGGAGGCUGCCAAAGAAGAGGCUGUCAAGUUGAGGUAUUGGGUUAACAUCAGGGAGUGUGUGGAUGCUUUUGAGCCCGGCAAGCCUGUCGUCAUGAUUCAUUAG